AUGAAAGCCCAAGAGGUAAGCAAUGGCCGGAAAGCCCAUACAACAAAGAUAACACUAACGGCGAUUUCAGCAAUGACGGCCGAAACGGCGACGUUUCCGGUUGACCUCAUCAAAACUCGGCUUCAACUCCACGGCGAAUCUCUCGCCUCAUCUCACCGGACAUCAGCCGUUCGAUUAGUAUCAGAGAUCUUACGAAACGACGGCGUUUUAGGACUAUACAAAGGAUUGUUACCAGCAAUUAUAAGACAUCUUUUUUACACUCCAAUUCGAAUAGUUAACUAUGAGUUUUUAAGGAAUUUUUUAGUUCCUGAUGAUCAUACUCUUUCUCUGUCAAGUAAAGCUGUAAUUGGUGGAAUAUCUGGUGUUAUUGCUCAGGUUGUGGCAAGCCCAGCUGAUCUUGUCAAAGUUAGGAUGCAAGCAGACAGUAGAAUGGCAAGUCAGGGUCUGCAACCUCGAUAUUGCGGGCCAUUUGAUGCUUUCAACAAGAUUAUCCGGACUGAAGGCUUCAAGGGACUUUGGAAGGGUGUGCUACCAAAUGUCCAGAGAGCUUUUUUAGUUAACAUGGGAGAAUUGGCUUGCUAUGAUCAUGCAAAACGCUUUGUUAUCAAUAACAACAUAGCGAAUGAUAAUAUUUAUGCGCACACGUUAUCAUCUAUAAUGUCAGGCCUGUCAGCAACUACAUUGAGCUGUCCAGCAGAUGUGAUUAAGACAAGAAUGAUGAAUCAGGCUGCUGAUAAGCAAGGGAAUUGUAAAUAUAGGAACUCCUUUGAUUGUCUUGUCAAAACUGUUAGAGUUGAAGGACUCAAAGCAUUAUGGAAGGGAUUCUUUCCUACGUGGGCAAGGCUUGGCCCUUGGCAAUUUGUAUUCUGGGUAUCAUAUGAGAAAUUCCGACAAAUUGCUGGUCUCUCUUCAUUCUAACCAAUUCAUCAUGCUGUGCGCUAUAUAAAACAGUAGAGCAAAGGAAAAUUGGGGGGACAAAGUUCUCUACUUGGAAUUAUUCAGUAUUGGAUAAACGCUCCCAUUUCCUCUACUUGAGCCAUUUAAACUAUUUGCUGUCUGUUCUUAAUCGA